CCUGGGCAGCGCCCGCCCAGCCCUGCUCGUCCCCCGCCAUUUCGCACCGGGACGGGAAGGGAAGGGAGCUGGAGCGGGAAGGGAAAGGAGAGGAAGGGACGCGACGCGGGCACGGCGGGUGCCGGGAGCUCACGCGGCACAGCCAGCCAGGAAGGGAGCUGCUUCCCGGUCUGCUAAAAAAUGACAGAGUAUAAACUUGUGGUGGUUGGAGCUGGUGGCGUAGGCAAGAGCGCCUUGACAAUACAGCUAAUCCAGAAUCACUUUGUGGAUGAAUAUGAUCCCACAAUAGAGGAUUCCUACAGGAAGCAAGUAGUAAUUGAUGGAGAAACUUGUCUCUUGGAUAUUCUUGAUACAGCAGGUCAAGAAGAAUACAGUGCAAUGAGGGACCAAUAUAUGAGAACAGGGGAAGGCUUCCUCUGUGUGUUUGCCAUAAACAAUACAAAGUCUUUUGAAGAUAUUCACCAUUAUAGGGAACAAAUAAAGAGAGUUAAAGACUCAGAAGAUGUCCCAAUGGUGCUAGUAGGCAACAAAUGCGAUUUGCCUUCCAGAACAGUAGACACAAAACAAGCUCAGGAUUUAGCAAGAAGUUAUGGAAUUCCUUUCAUUGAAACAUCAGCAAAGACAAGACAGAGAGUGGAGGAUGCUUUUUAUACAUUGGUGCGAGAGAUCCGACAGUACAGAGUGAAAAAAAUCAGCAAAGAAGAAAAGACUCCAGGGUGUGUGAAAAUUAAAAAAUGCCUUGUAAUGUAAGAGGGGUGUUGAUGAUGCCUUCUACACAUUAGUUCGAGAAAUCAGAAAACACAAAGAGAAGAUGAGCAAAGAUGGUAAAAAGAAGAAAAAGAAGACAAAGACAAAGUGUAUAAUUAUGUAAAUACAAUUUAUCCUUAUUCUUAAGAAGUGCUGAAGUAAUUUUGUACAUUACACUAAAUUAUUAGCGUUUGUUUUAGCAUUACUUUACUUUCUGCUUCAUGAUCCUGUUAGCUUUACCUGAAUGCUUGUUUUAAAUGACAGUGGAAACUUCAUUCCUCUUAAAGUGCCAGUAUUCUUUGACUGUUGGUUCUUGAACUAGCAAUUCCUGUGAAAAGAAAAAAAAAAAACAACAAAAACCCAAAACAAACAAAAAAAACAAACCCACAAAAAACCUAAGAACUGUCUUAGGACUAUUUGGUGCAUGCACAGUUGCUAACUUCCUAUUUUUCUUACUGAUUGUGAACUUAUGUUUUGUGUACAAAGCAAACAAAUGAUGCUCUAUACAUUUUAACAUCUCCUCUGAAUUUUUGGGUUUAUAAAUUUGGUUGGGAAAAAGGACUAGUUAGCAAAAGAAACUUUCAUUUCAGCCUUUCCUUUAUUUUAGAUUGAUUGCAAUAGAGAGAGACCAGAAGCCUUUAUAGUCUUCCUGUAGAUUUUGCUUCUAGGCAUCUAGUCUUGUAGCAUUUCAGAUCAACUUUAAUGAAUGUAAAGAGAAAACUUUCAAAAAAAUUUCACUGCAAUUUGUCACGGUCACUCCUUAAAUACUCUAUUUUUUCUAUAAAAAAUUUAAAAAAAAAGAAAAAAUCUAAAAAUACAAUGCACACCUGGCAAUGGAAAAAGUAAAAGUUCUAAUUAGGUUGAUUUGCUAUUGUUAAUGCGUUGCUUUAAGAGCUUCACUGACUUUGUGUCUGAAGAGCAAGAUGAAAUCCCGCUGUGUCAAAGCUUUGAGUAGCUUUGUUCAGUAGGGUUAGGAUUUUACCCUGGGUGUCCCUAGGAAAUACUAGAAUGCCUUAACAGAGAAGUUGAUUUAAAUUCUUAGGUUUAUUCAUACGUAGGCCCAGAAUUUACAUAAGAAUUAAAUCAAAAUCAGUCUUAAAUUACGUAGUGGAGUAAAACCAUUCUUCCCCCCCCCCCCCGCUAAGAGUGGCAUUAAAUGUUUCCAGAUGCCCAUUUUGUGCAAAAUAGGGGAGAAAUUCUAAAUUCCAGCAACAUUAGAUGAGUGAAUGAAAGAGUUGAAUUUAGCUGCUUCAUGCAAAUAAUUUGGAAAUCCACUAUGCCAUGGAAAUGGUGUGGAAUUUGCACAAUCUUGCAUGGAACAUGAUUUCCAGAGUCAGUGUUGUUUGUGUGAUAUCUGUGAAGUACUGAUUCAAUGGUUGGUGAGUAGCAUUCCAGUGUCUAGACUGUCAUGAAGCUACGCCAAGAGUUUAAUGUUGUCUUUCUUUGUGAUUAAAUUCUCUUGUGAUUUUUGUUCUUCUCUCCCCCCACUUUUUUUUUUUCCUGAUUGGAAUUAAUGUAGGAUUUUUGAGGAGCUUUUACUUUUUGGUACUGCAGUAGCCUAGCUAUCCACUGAAGUACGAGCCAGUAGUUGCAGUAUUUCCAGUUCUUGGUGUCUCCCUGUAAAUGUAGAGUUGUUUCAGGAGAGCUAUGGUUCCUGAAGGUGCACUUCUCCACAGGAGCUAACUCAGCUGCAGAGUGACACUGGAAGGUGUGACUCUGGUGUACCCAAAAAAUAAAACACGAGAUACUGAAGUAGAGUAGUUCAGGACACUGGAAAAUUUGGAACAGGGAAUAGCAGCAUUGCCAUAACCUAAGGUAUUCCAUGGAAUUUUUACACAUGUAUAUAAAAAUUGGACUGUGUAACUUGGACCAUUUCUGUGAAAAGUAUUAUUUUGCUUCUACAAAAAAAUCAGAGUGACUGUUGUAGGUGGGGACCUGCAAAGCUGGCAGGGAACACAGUGUCUGAAUUGCUCCAUAUUCUUUAAUUCCAUUGUGUCUGGGAGAAAUCAGGCAUUUUCUUGCCUGUGCCCCCUCUUCCCAGCCUUCACCAAAAUCCAGACCCCUCCACUCUCUUGGGUUUCCUGCGGUCAGGAUGACCCCAAGAGUCCUUUUUUCCCAGCCCGAUGGUUGAAGGAGUCGGAAUCCCUUGGCUCUGGUUUUCAAGGUUGUUGAUUGUCUCUUAUCUAAAACAUGCUCUUUCUGACUCGCAGAGAUCUGUUCAACAGGUCUGUCUGAGGCACACUGCCCGCCCUUGUGCUGGUGUCAACAUUUUAUACUAUGAACUACAUGUACUUUAUUUGCCGUUAUUUUCCAAUACCUGUCACCUGUGUUAGACUGUCUACUUCUACUCUAAACCAAUCCAAAAGUAGCAUCACACAGAAGAUGGAGGCUAGGAAGAAGGAAGGAGGACAGGACAAUGCCCAAAUCCCUCCCUCUUGCCUCCUAGACCCCUAUAGUAAAAUCCUCAAAAUUCCGCUUUUUCAGCCUGUGAUAAAUUCAUUAUCAUUCUACUUAAACUUUGUGACUUAUAAUUCGUCAUACAAGGUUGGUAAUUUGCUCCAUGGGUUAAAUCGAAAUCCCAAGUCUUUUAGUCCUUUAGAAGGAAGUCUUUGGCUUCCUUCUAAAAUUCCCCAGCCCCCUGCCAGGGGCUUGAGCCAUCCCGGGCACCCAGAGGGAUGUCCUGGGUUCCGACACCACUCCUCUCAGCUUCAGUGUGAAAUCUAAGUUAUGAAAUAUUCUGAAAAACAGGAACAGGAGAACUUAACUUUAUAUUGUAAGGACCAAUAAGGAGUAAGAACAGAUUCUUAAUGUCACAAAAUGUUUCAGAGCUUGCAAGGUUAAAAUGUGUUGGAGACAGUUACUUGCACAUUUUAUACACUCUUCAUAAUAGACGAAGAACAUAGCAAAAGUGGGUUGUAAGCCUUGAGCAAAUAGAAGUAAUCUUAAGGUUAUUUUAAUUUUGGUAACUGAGUCACACUGCAUGUCAAAUUAGGGCUGGUCAAAAAUUCUGAUGUAAAUUUAACUUAAAGCUGUUAGGAGACUUUAUAGCCGAAAUAUCUUAUUCAUCAAAAGCGGGUUUCUAUAGCUCUACUAUAAAGCUAUGUAUGAACCAAUGCUGGGGUUUUUCAGCAAAAGUGAGCUGUAGCUGCCAGUCUAAUUAAAUUAGUACAAAAUCCAUUUAAAUUAGCCCUUAUUUACUUGAAAAAAACCCAACCCCAUCCUUGCCACUGUUGUGCAGUUUUGUCUUCCUGCUUGUUGAGAUUUGGUGAAGCACUUUGGAUUGCAAUUGCAGCUUGCACAAGUUGCUCCAUCAUCACUGCAGUGUCCUGCCCUGUUUGAGAUGCUUCCACAGAACAUCCCUGGGUGCUGUGUCCUGAGAGCAGCUCCUGAGCAAGCCUAGGAGUCACUGCCCAUGUCACCACAUCAAACUGCCUUGUGUCAGGGAGUAAUACCUUCUUACAGUAGCUAUAUGUAACUUUGCUAAAUACCUGGAUCCUUGGUUUGCUCCAAAAGGAAUUAUUCUGACCAGUUUCAGUGCCCUGAAAUUUUUUUGCUACUCUUCUGCUGAGUGGGCUUUGUUGCAGUAACAGGAUAAUUGGUAAAUACUGACACACGCAAUCUUCUGCUCUUGUCUAGACUAUGAAGCAAUACAAUUAUUACCUUCAAAGACCAUCAAACUGUAAAACAAAUCAUUGUGUCUCAAGUUUACAUAAAGCUACAAAGAUGGUAAAUCUUUCCUAACAUUUCUUUAUUCCACUGUCUUGUGUUUUCAUGUUGAAAAUACUUCUGCUUUUUCCUCUUGAGUGCCAACUUCUUACUAGAAUGACUUCUUAAUGUAAUAUGUUUACCUGGAAUGUAUUUUAACUAUUUUUGUAUAGUGUAAACUGAAACAUGCACAUUUUGUACAUUGUGCUUUAUUGGAUGUGGAACAUAUGCAGUGUGAUCCAGUUUUUCCAUAAUUUGGUUGUGUGACCUAGGAAUGUUGGUCAUGCCAGACAUUAAGUUAAAAAAAGGAAAAAAAAAAAAAGACCACUGUUUGUUUUAAAAUUUUUAAUGUUUUUAGGAGUAUGUGCUGUGAGGUGAUCUGGAAUUUGUCAUUUUUUUGUCAAACUGUACUGCUCCUAUUUAUUGUAAUGUAAUAAAAAAAUAGUUAUUGUGUCUG